AUGUCACUUUCUAAUAUAUUAUCGCAAGAUAUAACUACGAGUAUUGAGAUACCUAGUGAUAGAUUAUCUCUUAGUUUGAAAGAGAAACAGAUAGUAGAAGCAUAUGAAAAUGAAGCUUGGUUAAGCCAAUUGAAUACUCACAAUGAUAUUGUAGAGAAGAAGUUCAUGAAAGUGGAUAGGAAUUUAUUAUUUCAAAUUUUAAUGAUUGAAAAUGUAGGCUAUUCUAAAAGCUCACAAGUAGAUGAUUUAAAGGCAAAAUACGAUCCCAAGAACCAAAGGAUGGAUAGGGUUAGACAAUCUAAUAAUAAUGCUUCAUCUAGAAACUAUCAAAUUAUUACACAAGUAAAUGUAAAUGAUGAUGAUGAUGAAAAUAGUAACAAUGGCUCUAAUACAAACUUUAUGAAUACAGGUAAUAACAACAAUAAGGCUAAAAAUGCAGUGUAUAAAUUAUCGCUGCAAAGUAAAACUGGGGCAGUCUUUUUUGCAAUUAAUUCGACUCCAUUACCAUGGAUUUCUUGUCCAUUUGGAGCUAAAAUAAUUAUACGGCCAGGUACAAUCUUCAAUAGAGGAGUAUUUAUGCUUCAAGAAUCAAAUGUCACAUUUUUAGGCGGAAUAAAUAAGAAGUGGAAUGAGCAUAAAGACCAUAAAAUAAAUGCAUAUCUCCAAGCCAAAUUGGAAAGAGAUCAAAAUCAAGUUAAACAAACAGGAAUUAAUACAAAGAAAAGAAAAGCAUCUCAGUUAAGCUGA